AUAUAUCAAAAAGUAUCGCGUAUGCAAAAGUCAAAAGUUUUAUCACAAAUUGCACUUGCAUCGUGUUGUGGUUGUCGUUGGAGGGCUGCGCGCCCACUAAAAAAACAAAUAUGGCAAAACUAUAUAACGCAAUUCCGGCAGGCUUUGAGUCUGACGAUGAAGAACUCGACUACUUGAUUGGAAAUCUGAAAAUCAAGCGUCUCGAAGAUAUUACAACAGGUGCUGGCAUCGAUGGGGACUUUGAUGCCACAUUGGACCCAGAGUUUGAGGCGUUCUUCAAGACGUUUCGCGACAAAUGGAACAUGCACAACAAAUGCAUGUCGCCCUACAUGCGACAGGAUUUGAGCAAGACGUUGAUGCGUCAUGAGAAUCCCUUGCUAUUGGCUUUGAAGAUCUUUGCCAACUGCCCGGAUAACAGCAAUGUGAAGAUAAAGAGCUUGUCAUACUUUGUGCUGGACACUGUGUGCAAACUGCAGGCGGACAUGCCACAGCUGAGCGAGCAAUGCGACGACAACACAAGCAUGAUUGCCUUUCAUUUUGUGAAGACAACGGGUAUGCAAUCCCUGAUGAAUGCCAUGAUUGAGACGUAUCGCCUGCAACAGAUCCGGGAGCUGCUUGUGCCCAAGUUGCGGGAGAUGCUGGACGGCGGGCAUUACAAAGAUGUGGCCCAGUGGGCCAUCAAUCUGAAGUUGACGCAUCAGUUUGAUAUGCUCGACCUGGCGUUUCCACUGAUUGCGCAGGAGAAACUGCCGCUGGCUGAAUUGUACCUGGAGCAGGCGACGCAUCAGCGGCUGCCGUUCGUCAAGUUUCUAGACUCGCUUCUGCACAAGGACAAGUCGGUCAUUGAGAUGUGCGAGAACAUCCUCGACCGCUAUUCAAACCUGAAAGUGUCGCAUCACGUGCUCAGGUAUCGCCCCAUAUCCAAGAUCGUUGAUCGCCUGGCCAAGAAGUAUGGCUUUGACGACUCUGUGACGCCCAACUACAAAUUCACCAAGACCGCCGGCUAUCUGCAUCAUCUGUAUCGUGAAUUCGAGAAAUCGCACACCAAUCUCGAAAGUUUUCGAGAGCUGGUGCGUGUUCAUGCCUACGAUUAUGCAUUGCAAGCGGAUUUCGUUGGCUAUCUGUUCGCAGCUGGCGGUCCGGGGGAAUUGGAAGCGGUCUAUUGGUCCACAGAGUUCAAGCUGUUGCCGGAGGAUUGUCCGCCCGAAAUAAAGUCAAUGAUCUCACACGAUGAGCUGCGGCACCAACAAAUGGAGCAAAGCAAAGCAGCGGCAAUUGGAACAGCAGCAGCAACAACGACGUCGCCAGCAGUUGGCUGUGAUAUGUACCUGAGCAUGGAUUUGCCGGACGAGUGCCUAAUCAUUGUGGAUACGGCGGCGCAAUUCGAGCGAAUGCUCCAGCAUUUGCAGUGCGAGCCAACCAUCUACAUGGACUCCGAGUGGAUGCAGAAAUUGUGCGUACAAAAUCAACUCUGUCUGCUGCAAAUCGCCACCAUGCACAAUGUGUACCUUAUCGAUUGCCUCGCCAGCCACGAGCUUCACGACGAACACUGGCGUUCGUUAGGCUCCAGUGUCUUCAACAAUGUGAACAUCAUGAAGGUCGGUUUCUCCAUGCUCAACGAUUUGUCGGUGCUGCAGCGUUCGUUGCCGCUGCAGCUGCGUCUACAGAUGCCACAUCAUUAUCUCGAUCUACGCACCGUUUGGCUGGAACUGAAGAAGCAACGUCAUGGCGUCGAGCUGCCGUUUGGCAAUUUGAAUCGUGCCGGAGAAGCUCUUACGGAUUUGUCCAUGCUGUGCCUGGGCAAGAAGCUCAACAAGGCCAAUCAAUGCUCCAAUUGGGCCAACAGGCCUUUGAGACGCGAGCAGGUGCUUUAUGCAGCCAUGGAUGCGCGUUGCUUGAUGCUCAUUCACUGCUGCCUGACCAGAUGUGUGCCGGAUAUCAAUGCGGUGAUUGAGAAGAGCAUUGCGUGCAACAAUUUUCUGCGACGCGGCAACAAUAAUGUUAAAUAAUCAAAUCGACGAUGUGACCACAAAUCUCAGAAGAAAUUUAAACAAAAAAGUAUUUGAAUUAUAUACAAUGAUAAUAAUUGCAGAAAAAAACGUGAAAAGCAUAGAACUUGAUUAAAAAACUGUGAAUACAAAUGAUAAAAUAUUAUCGAAAAUACUGCUAAUGAUGAUCAUCAUUCUUCAUAUUUAGUUGCAGUCCACUUUAUAAGGUUGUUAAGAUCACUAAGACAAUUCUUUGGCAAAAGCGCUGUUCCAGUCGCGAUUAAAGAUGCUCACAAGAUCAUUGCGCAGCGAUGCUGGAGCACUUGGUUGAGUGUCCUUAAAGACCAAACCAAUGCCGGCUGUGGUUGUGAAAUAAUCUCCUGACCAGUUGGAGGUGCCAAUGUAGGCGACGCGAUCGGUGACCAUGUAUUUGUUGUGAUUCACACGUCCGAAGGGAAUCUUUUGCUGAUCCUCAUCUGCGGGCACAAUGAAGCGACGCUAAAAGAGGAGAAAAGAAUAAGUUGGAAGUAAAAUUAUCUUCUGUAAACUCUUACAAUUUGAAUGUCCACAUGCUGGCGACUUGUCAUGGAUAGAUCCUGUAGAGAGCGCAAAUAGUUGUCCAUGCUGGCAUCGGAAUGCUUCCACCACGAGAUGAGCAGCUUCACCGAGACGCCGCGUUCCACGGCCGCUGUGCGGAGCGCAUUAUCAAUCUCCGCCCAAUACUGUAGCUUCGGUCCGAAGAUGAUGAGCGGGAAAUAAUCCAUGACCGAGAUGUGCACAAAUUGAAGCGCCGAAUUGAUCGAGUUCAGAAUGGCAGUCAGAUCAUGAGUGCGUCCAGUGGCAGAAAGCGGAGGCGGCGAGCUGGCAGCAAAUGCUUGCAUCGUGUAGUUUGUGUUGGCAUCCUUGAGGACAUUCAGUAGCAUGGGUUGCUCGAGAUUAUAGUUGGUACCAUAAUCAUAGGGCCAUGAGGAUGGAAUGCGUGCGUUCUCAUUGGUGCCCAGAUACCAAUAGGCCUUAAAGAUCUUGGCCAAAUCGCUGGUUAGUUGCGGACAGUUGCGACCAAGCACGCCCAGCUCCUUGACCUGGGUAAGAGCACGCCAAUCCAUGUUGGCGCUGCCCAAAUAGAAAUGCUCAUUAUCCACAAUCCAGAGUUUGGUGUGCAAGAUGCCGGCUCCCAGGUAUUUGGGAAAAUCCAAGGUAACUACUUCGGCAGCGCCAUAGCUGGCAAGGAUUUGAGUCUCCAGAUCGGGCGAGACGCUCGAUGGUGAGCUUUGUGCUAUACGUAUUUUGAUCUUGGGUCCAUCUCCUACACCAUUGGCUAGGAGACGCUGGAAAAUCUGUUCACCUGGAUGAGCGGUGCUGUGAUUCAAACCCGUGUCCUCACCACGCAGCGUCCAAUAGUAGCUGCCAAUAUCCAGCGUGGAUUUGGUCAGAUUCAACAACUGAUCCCAGGCAUCGAAUGUGCUAGGGAAAUGUGGGCUACCGGGUGUAAAGUUCAGGCCAAUGGGUAUGGAUUCCACAAGCGUCAGAUUACAAUUGUAUUUCUGGUUGUCACGGCGCUGCAGUUGCUGUAGUGGAGAUCUUAGCGGUAAUGGCUUCGUGUGAUAAGCGGUG